UCGACGGGGUACCUGGUAACCAAGGGAGUGCAACUUACAGCGACACACCACUUCAAUCUAAGCAGGAGGAGAUGGCGACCCAAAAUAACUUGUGCGCUUUUCAUGUGGCUUUUCUGCUUGUUUUUACGUUGACUGCCGCGUUUAUCCCGGCUGGCGCUUCUUCUCCAUCGACGAAGACUGUGGAGUUCAACGUUAAACCGGGAGGAGUCGUGCACACUUUCAGUGACGGGGUUGGGGAGUAUGAAUGCUCAUUCACUUAUGCUUCACAAGGGGGAACCAAUGAGCAAUGGCUGAUGAGUGUGGGCUUGAGUGACGACAACACACUGUUUUCCUGCUCUGUGUGGAGGCCUCAGGGGAAAUCCUACCUGUUUUUCACUCAGUUCAAAGCUGAACUGAAGGGAACCAAAAUUGAAUAUGCCAGCGCGUUUUCGCAGACGGCAGCGGGAGGACAGGGUGACGUGCCUUUGAAGCCAGAGGAAUUUACCAUAGGCGAAUCAACAGUGACCCACACGGAGGGAAAGUUCAGCGCUCAACUCUCCAAACUCACAGCCGUUGGACGGACACAACACGAUGAGCUGUAAUUGGUCAGAAGUCUGACGUGGCCUUGUUGAGCCCUGAGUCGGGCCUCCGUGUUUCAGCUCAGUCGUCAAUAAAUGAAGGACGGAUUAGUUUUCCUGAACGACAACCAAAAAUUGAAGCGAGAUGAUACUGAUGUCACCUUUGUGGCACUUUGUACAAUUUGGGGAUUUAUCAACAAGGAAAUGGUUGAGUAUUCAUGUUUUUUAUUGCAUAUUGUUGUUGUUAAAAUCUUGCCAUGAGAGAAAGUGCUUCCAUAGUUGUUUCCUAGUUUUCUGAGGCUAUAAGACUUGCAGAGAGCAAAUCUGCUCUGAUCCACUGGGGAUGUUAUGUGAAUGUAUAGAGGAUUGGUGUCUGGGGGCUUGUUGAGUAUAGAUAACAUAUUUAGAGUAGGGAGGGAUUUAUCCAUCUGCUGUAAUCCUGAGAGGAAAGGCAGUAAUCCUCAAUAACGUCAUCGCACACACAGAAACAAUUUCAUUUUCCUCAAUCUCCCUCUGUUCUAGAUAUCUGUAAGAACAUUUUAUCCCUUAAAUCGGCAAUUAGUACCAUUUGUGAUAACUUUCUUUUGGUUUUGGCCAGAAGGGAUACUUGUAAUUGAGCAGAUAGCAGCUUCGUGACAUGAUAUAAAGACCUGGAUGCACUGAAGAUCACACUUUUUGCAUUUUUGGAUGCAGAUUCAUUGUAAAAACCCUACACUGAGAAAAUAUGACUCUGUAAUAAGCAUAAAUCAUUAUAAUUUAUUUUAAAUUACCCUAAUCUUGCUCAUUUUAAUUAGACACCUGCAGCGGCUGAUGCAAUAGAAGAUAAAACCGUUAUCUUUUUUUCUUGUUUCAAUGACUUCACCCAAAAAUCCUGAAAUAUAAGGUGUGCACAGACAUGUGAAGGACGGUGUAUAUGGCGAAGAGAUGCCAUCCCACAUUCCCAAGCCCUUCUCAAUCCCUUUGCUUUCAUCUGUCAGUGCCAUAUGUGUGGAUCAACGAGGAUAUUGUGCAAGUUUCAGAAGUACGUCAUUAUUAGACCAGGCCCUGCCCCCCCUUCCUCUCCCCUAUGUAGCGAGCAAGAUCGCCUUUAUCUUCCUUACAAUCAAUCCAACACUUCUCAGAUCCACACAGGAGUCCAAAAAGAUGAGUUCUGGCGGGGGGGGGAUUGAUUUCAGAUUUGAGCUUUUUGUCCAUUUGAUUCCGAGGUUGCAUUACUUACUGAGAGCCAUUACCUUGUUCGGUCUGGGGUUCGGAUCCUCUGGAGUCGAGGAAAGUGCUCAGUCUGCGCGUCACCAUCGAGGGUCCCUCUGGGGGUCACACCAGGAAGAAAUAACCACGUCCAGAUCAGAUGCUGACGAGAAAAACACACAAGAUGUCACUUCUUUUGUACAAGUUUCCUUUUUUUUUUCCUACUGCUCAAUUGUUCCGAUUCAUGAUGAAAAUGUGACAGAUGUUUCAAUAAAGACGUGUUGUCACUGUUCUGGAGACAA